GUCUCUUCCCGGUGUCGCUAGCAUGUAUACACAAUUGGCGCCGUUGCAUUUUCGUUUGGCAAUGGUAGGCCUCGUAAUUAGACCCGGUCUCUAUUCGUGAGGAAGGGCUAGGCAUAUGAUUGUUUGACGUCUUUGUUCCACGGCGCAUUCCACUGCAUGGUGCUUACACCCCAAUAUGGAAUCCACCAAUUGAUAUAAAGGCAAUAAAGGCCCGUAGCUGACGGAUGACUGCUUUGCUUAUCCUGAGGCACAUGCACCAUAUAUCAAGCUCACCCACCUACUUACUACCUGCCUACCUUACCUACCUUACUUAUCUCACCCUACUACUUCGUUUAUCAGACGAACGUUGACAUACCGUCUUGAUGCUUGUUCAUCAGGUCAAUAACAAGCUUUGCUCAGCAAAGCAGUUCACACACCUUUCCAAAGUGGUGACGCCUGCUCUGUUCCACCAGGCCUCUUCUGUAUACUCAACAAGCCUGCCUCGUCUGGUCGCUUCACCUCGCCUCUUUUCCACCACGAGCUCCGCGCAGCUCCGUGACUUUUUCCCGGUCAAGGAGACAGAGCAUAUCCGCCAGACACCGCCAACAUGGCCGCACCACGGCCUGACGGAGAAGGAGAUGGUGGAUGUCGUCCCCGGCCACCGAAAGCCUAAGACUCUCGGCGAUAAGUUUGCCUGGAGUCUCGUCCGCAUAUCUCGCUGGGGCAUGGACAAAGUCUCAGGUCUCUCGUCGGAGCAGCAACAAAUCAACAAGGGCAGUCCGACAACGUCAAUCGUGGCAGCCAAGCCCCUGACUGAAGCACAAUGGCUCAGUCGCUUCAUCUUCCUCGAAUCUAUCGCAGCGGUUCCGGGCAUGGUGGCCGGCAUGCUGCGACACCUCCACUCGCUCAGGCGCCUGAAGCGCGACAAUGGCUGGAUCGAAACGCUGCUCGAGGAGGCUUACAACGAGCGAAUGCACCUCCUGACCUUUCUCAAGAUGUGCGAGCCGGGCUGGCUCAUGAAGAUACUUAUCAUCGGCGCCCAGGGCGUCUAUUUCAACGCCAUGUUCGUCGCGUACCUCAUCAGCCCCAAGAUUUGCCACCGCUUCGUCGGGUACCUCGAGGAGGAGGCCGUCCACACGUAUACUAGGAGUAUAGAAGAGCUGGAGAGGGGGGACCUGCCCAAGUGGUCCGAUCCGAAGUUCCAGGUUCCAGAAAUUGCCGUGUCGUACUGGCGCAUGCCAGAGGGCCACAGGACGAUGCGAGACUUAUUGUUGUACAUCCGAGCCGACGAGGCGAACCAUCGUGGUGUCCAUCACACCCUCGGUAAUCUGAACCAAGUUGAGGACCCUAACCCGUUCGUCAGCGACUACAAAAAUAACAGGCCGCGGCCUGUUGCAGCAUCACGGCCAGAAGGGUUCGAGCGGGAAGAGGUUAUUGGCAACGAGGUUAUCGCAAAGGAUCUUGUCGGAAAGGAGAUUAUUGGGAAGGAGGUUUCUGUUUGAAAAUUUUGACACCACGCAAGAAAAUGACUGACUCGAAGAGAAGAAGAAGAAGAAGAAAGCAUUUGGUUGUUUUGGCACAACAGACGACAUCCAAAGGUGUCUGUCUUUUUUUUCGGUUGUAUACCCAAGUCUGUGUAGCUCUCCAUAUUUUGUAACAUAUGUAUUUUGUUUAUUUG